AUGUCGCAAACCGAAACCCUAUCUUUGAUUCACGAGAUUGAAUCUCUCGUCUCAGAUCAACUUCAAGUGGUUUCAUACAAGUGGCUUAGUCGCAGUUAUCUGAUAUCAUCUGAUGAAGCAAAGAGGUUGCUUCAGGAAUUUGUUCAAAAACAUAAGGGUGAGUUGGAAGUGGUGUAUGCUUUGUCUGGCUGGUUAAAGAGUACUCAUCCUAGCUACCACAUAAGGCUUGUUGCUGAACCAAAACUUGCAGAAGCACAACAAGAGUUUGAUGGGCAUUGCUCGGUCCAGGUAUACAGUGUGCAAGCUAGCAUUCCAAAGGAUCCAGCUGUGCUUUGGAAUGCAGAAUUCAUUCAAGCAGAAGAGCUCUUCAAGCAGCCUCCCUCGGCUGAUAAUUGCUUGAGAGACAAUAGGUUCUGUGGGAUCUCUAAUUCUUUUGUAAGAAGGAAUGUGGAGGGCCAACCGGCAGUUUUUGCCACUCCACAAAUAAAAUCUUUAGCAGGCUUGGAACCAACAAAGAGUAACAUUGUUCACCAACCUCCAAAGAACACAACACACAGUUCUGUUGCUAACGUUGACCACAAACCACAGAAUGUGGUGAAAGAUGUCAAGACUGAAAACAAUGGUACAGGAAAUACAGGAGUUCAUGAUAACACCAAUAAACCUACUGCAGAGAAAGAAAAGUCCCUUCCAGUGCCCACAGGGAAAAAGAAAGGACAGGGCGAUAAAAGUAGCUCUGGUACUGAAGGUUCGUUGGCAAGCUUUUGGGGUAGACCAUCUACAAAACCCAAGCCCUGCCCUGUGCCAGCAGGAAAUAGUAACCUGAUUUCAAAUCCCGCUGAAGUCACUGAAAAUGCCCAAACUUGUGCUCAUGAAGCAGUAGAUCGUGACAGUGAUGAUGAUGACAAUCAAGGUGUCAUCUUAAGAAGAUCAUCCAAUAGAAAAAGGAGGGUUGUCUUUGAUUUCUCAGAUGAAGACGAAGAUAUCAUCAGUUUAGCAUCACCUGAUGUCCCUAUUAAACAGCCACCUCAAGAUUCCAGACAAAAUGAUAAAAAGUCAUUAGAGAAAACCACUUUGAAUUUUGAUUUGCAGGUAGGACAUAAACCAUUGGUUAAAGAAGAGAAAGCAACUGAGAAAAAGGUUUUCCAACCACCAAGAGAAGAUUUAUCAAUUAUGACCAAGUGCACAAGUAAUGGGAAAUCAUCUACUGAGAAGCUGCAGAGUAGCGCUCCCGAAAUUUCUGUAAAUAAGGAUAGUGUAAAAAAGGUAUCUCCAGGUUCACCUAAGAGGAGAAAAGUGAUGAAGACCAGGAUUGAUGAAAAAGGGAGAGAAGUAACUGAAGUAGUCUGGGAGGGGGAGGAGACAGAGCCAAAGAAAGUUGAUACGGGUGCAGCAAAGAAAGUUGAUACGGAUGCAGCAAAGAAAGCUGACAAUAAAGCAUCCACCAAUGCUAUCAACAGUGCACCGGCAACUAAGAAGCCGCCGGCUACAUCAAAUGCUACCGGAAAAGGAGGAAGCAAGAAAGCAGGAAACUCGAAGGAUCCCAAACAGGGCAAUAUUCUUUCAUUUUUCAAGAAAGUAUGA